ACACAUAAAAAGGGCAUCAAACCCUUUUGUUUCACGAAUAAAUGAUUAAUUAAUAGCCAAACUUCCAAACAAAGUAAUUUCAAAUUCUUAUCUUUUCAUUUUGCAGGCCGAAUCCAAACAAGAUCUGCAAAUAACCCAGCUUCCAAACAGGAGCCGCAAAAACAGAUUCGAGCUCCAGUCGAAGCUAGAAGAAGAAGAAGAUUCAAGCUGAAGACUUUCAAUUUAAACCGAGAUCAAUCAAUCAAUCAAUGAUUCCAUUGCAGAAGAAGAAUCAAGAUCUUCUCCUGUUUACUAUAAUCACAAAUCUCUUCUUACCCAUCGUCCUCGUCUUCUCCCUUCGCUCAAUCCCCUCCUCCGACACAUGCAAUCACAAAUUACUGCCUGAUCCUCGAACCUUACGACCAGACCAAACAACAGUCCUAAUCAACGGUUACUCCGAAUCUCGAAUCCCACUCCUCCGUUCAAUAGUCGCCGCAUAUUCAUCCUCAUCAUCAAUCGCAUCAAUCAUAGUCCUAUGGGGAAACCCAUCAACCUCAUCCAAAACCCUAUCCAAUCUCUCCAACAAUCUCACCUCAAUCUCAUACGGCACCACCCUUCAAAUCUCCCUCAUCCUUCAAUCCUCCGACAGUCUCAACUCCCGAUUCCUCCCCCGACCCCAAAUCCAAACCAGAUCCGUAAUCAUCUGCGACGACGACAUCGAGAUCGAUUCAGAAUCCGUUGAAUUCGCUUUCCAAGUAUGGACCCAAAAUCAAAACCGCCUAAUCGGAUUCUUCGCCAGAUCUCACGAGAUCGACAUCCUCGGUCGAACAUGGAUAUACACAGUCCAUCCAGAGAAAUACUCGAUCAUUCUGACGAAAUUCAUGAUAAUGAAAACGGAUUACCUUUACAAGUACAGCUGCGAAGGAGGGAAUGAGAUGGGGGAGGCGAGGAGAUUGGUGGAGAAGAUGAGGAAUUGCGAGGAUAUUCUGAUGAACUUUGUGGCGGCGGAGGAGUUGAUGGGUGGGGUGGUGUUGGUGGGGGCGGAGAGGGCUAGGGAUUGGGGAGAUCCGAGGAAUGAAUUAGGUAAAGAGUUGUCGGAGGCGGGUUUGAGUAGCAGAAGAAGAGAUCAUAGAAGAAGAAGGGGAGAAUGCAUUAGAGAGUUUCAUAGGAUUUUGGGGAAGAUGAGUCUUAGGUAUGGAUAUGGGAAGAUGGUCAAUUCAGUUGGGGAACAAGGUUUGUGUGACAAAGGAGGAAAACUUGUAUUUUGUGAUCAUCAAUUUUAAUAUUU